UGUAUCAAUCCUGAGUAUCACGUCGUGUAACAUAGCCAAUCAAAAAGGGGUAUAUCUUUGAAUGUUGAUAAAUCCCUUUGAAUGAUUUGUAUACCUCCUAUACAAGCAUCCAGGAGUCUUUAGUAGUGCUGACAACGAUAGAUCUCACAUCAAGUGCUAAGUCGCGAGUCUCGGGCUUCAAAGCGAGUCUCGCAAGUCCUAAAUGCAUUUCCGAUGAGUAUAUUAGACGGCAAGUCCGUCGAAUCCAACAAAUGAUGAUAUCUAUGCUAAAUGCCAGUUGUUAGGAUAAAUAACUACCUAAGCUACAUCUCCUAUUUAACAUUUUAGAUUAGUAAACGCAAUUACAAUCAUGUCUGCACCACCAGUCCUCCUUUUCCUGGGCGCUGGGAAGAAACUCGGCACCCAAGUCCCUGCUAUAUUCGCUGAGGCAGGAUACAAGAUUGCCGUCGUAGCGCGGACGCCGAAGGAAGAGUUCGAGAAGCGCGGAUAUUACCAGGUCCAGGCCGACUUCAAUAACCCCGAGAGUAUCCCAGAGGUCUUCGCCAAGGUCCGCGAGAACGUCGGGAUCCCGACAGUUGUUGUGUAUAAUGCUGUGCAAUAUACACUUGAUGACCCAGAGGACCCUUUCGCCUCACUUGCGCCAGAGAAUGUCUCGCGCUUUCAUUCCGCUGUCGCUGUAAACGGCACUACUCCACUUAUUGCAAUUGAGCACGCAAUCCAGGCCUUUAGAUCUCUCCCCCCUGGCACACCCGGGAAGUCCUUCAUUUUCACUGGGAAUAUACUCAACCACAGCCAAUUUAAGAAUCGCCUGUGCUUUGGAGUUGGAAAGACCGUGGCCGCCUACGGAGUCAGAUACGCUUCAGUGGCUUAUGCAAAGGAAGGUUUCAAGUUCUACUAUGCUGAUGAACGCUCGGAGGGGGGACUUCCUGUGAUGCGAGAGAUUGAUGGGCUCGUAGCUGGGAAAGAAUAUCUCAAAAUCGCCGAGGCGCCAGAACAACUUCCCUGGCUGUAUACAUAUACCAUAGGAAGUGGAUAUAAGGACUUUGGAGAAAAGGACUACCUGAAGACUGUUGAUAGCAACGAAUCUCGGUUUUUAAAGGGGGGACGGUAAGUAUCUAAAAGCUUAGGUAGAUAUGAGAAGCCUUCAUGAUACGUAUUGAAAGUAUAGACUUGAAAAUUUAGCUUAUAACCGUGCUAAUAAACAUGUUGGG